AUGGCUAUAUCAGAAUACGAACGGCAGCGCGACGAAAAUAUUGCCAGGAAUCAGAAGCUGUUGGAGGAGCUCGGUCUUGACAAACCCAUCUUCGAGCCAGUGGAAAGUAAACGACCGGCGAAAGCGAAGCGAACUGACAAAAAACGCAAAGUCGACGAUACGGAUGUCACCCCCGACGCGCCGAAGCGCGUCAAGAGCAGUGAAAUACCGGAGGGCGGUGUUAGAAGAAGCGGAAGAAACGUUGGGAAAUCGAUCGACUAUAAGAAGGAAGUUGUUCGCGCUCCAACGGUCUCUGCGGCCGUCCAGAGUGGAAUCAAAUCAGUAGAGAACGAAGGCCCGAUGGGUCGAGAAGAGGGCAAGCGUGUGCACGACCCGAAAACAUUUGGUGCUAUCCCUGGCAUAGAGGUUGGAACAUGGUGGGAAACGCGCUCAGGCUGUAGUACCGAUGCUAUUCAUGCGGCAUGGGUUGCAGGGAUCUGUGGUGGCCCAGACGGUGCCUACAGCAUCGCUCUCAGCGGGGGCUACGAAGAUGACAUAGACCUAGGGUAUGCAUUCACGUACACAGGAGCAGGUGGUCGCGAUCUGAAGGGAACAAAGACUAAUCCCAAGAAUUUGCGUACCGCUCCCCAGGACUCUGAUCAGACAUUUGAGAACCGUGUUAGUGUCCUUUGCCCUAAAUCUGUUGAAACCCGUAAGCCCGUUCGGGUGAUCCGUGGAUACAAGCUGAAGUCUAAGUAUGCCCCCAGCGAAGGGUAUCGAUAUGACGGACUAUAUGUCGUGGAGAAAGCUUGGAGGGAAAAGGGCCUCAAAGGUUUCCUUGUCUGUAAAUAUGCGUUCAAGAGAUUGCCCAAUCAACCGCCGUUGCCAGUGAGAUCUCAAGUUACCCAGGUCACUGCCUCUCCGUCCGACAAUGCAGAAGCCAGCGAGCCUGCCUCCGACAAUGAUUGA